GGCGAGAGGAGCGAGAAUAAAAAAUUGUCAGUGGCGCUGCAGAAGUGAAAUGGCGGGCGUGUAGCAACCCGUAAUGGUGCAGCGAUUCAACCCUCAAUAGUCACUCGCGACCCUUGGAAGCUCUCUAGAGCCACCAUCACUCGCUACUCAAUAAUUUAUUCCACUUUCUUGAUUUGAUUAUAUAACCAACGCCGUCUCUCUCACCAAUUUCCAUGUUUCCAGUUCGUAGAUUGAUGAUGGCAGCUGCAUCGAAUUCUGUGUCGCUGAAGCACGGUCUCUCUCUAUGGUGUCCGCACUCUGGUUCCUUUUCUAGAGCUCAGCCGAAAUCUUCUGUUUCUUUCAGAUCUUUCCGGAGAAGCUACGUUGUUGCCUCCUCGGAUUUCGCUAACGAGAAUAGAGAGUUUGUGAUUGUUGGUGGUGGCAAUGCUGCUGGUUAUGCGGCUCGUACUUUCGUCGAGCACGGGAUGGCGGAUGGACGGCUUUGUAUAGUAACUAAGGAGGCAGUUGCGCCGUACGAGCGUCCGGCUCUGACAAAAGGUUACUUGUUUCCUCUUGAUAAAAAACCAGCUCGCUUGCCUGGGUUUCAUACUUGUGUUGGAUCUGGUGGGGAAAGACAAACGCCAGAAUGGUACAAGGAUAAAGGUAUUGAGACAUUUUAUCAAGAUCCAGUUACGGGUAUUGACAUAGAAAACCAAACCCUGAAAACUAAUUCGGGAAAACUGCUCAAGUAUGGAGCGCUUUUAAUAGCAACAGGAUGUACAGCCUCGAGAUUUCCAGAUAGAAUUGGGGGUGGGCUACCGGGUGUUCACUACAUCCGAGAUGUUGCAGAUGCAGAUUCACUAAUUUCCUCAUUGGAGAAAGCAAAAAAGGUGGUUAUUGUUGGUGGUGGUUACAUUGGUAUGGAGGUCGCUGCGGCAGCUGUUGGUUGGAAACUUGAUACAACAAUCAUAUUUCCCGAGAAUCAUCUAUUGCAACGACUUUUUACUCCUUCGCUGGCCAGGAAAUAUGAAGAAUUUUACCAGGAGAAUGGUGUCAAAUUCUUAAAGGGGGCCUCCAUAAAAAAUUUGGAAGCUGGUGCAGAUGGUCGGGUCUCUUCUGUUAGACUUGAGGAUGGAUCCUCCAUUGAAGCAGACACGGUAGUAAUAGGCAUUGGUGCGAAGCCUGCUGUCAGUCCGUUUGAGCAAGUGGGGUUGAAUAGCACUGUUGGCGGCAUACAGGUUGAUGGCCUGUUCAGAACUAAGAUACCAGGAAUUUUUGCAGUUGGAGAUGUGGCAGCAUUCCCGUUAAAGCUGUAUGAUCGUGUAACUCGGGUCGAACAUGUGGAUCAUGCUCGUCGAUCGGCUCAGCAUUGUGUCAAAUCCUUACUAACUGCUCAUACUCAAAUAUACGAUUAUCUUCCAUAUUUCUACUCAAGGGUGUUUGAAUACGAAGGGAGCCCUAGGAAAAUAUGGUGGCAAUUUUUUGGGGAUAAUGUUGGCGAGACAGUCGAAAUUGGGAACUUUGAUCCUAAGAUUGCUACUUUUUGGAUUGAUUCUGGUAAAUUAAAAGGGGUUCUUCUUGAAAGCGGAAGCCCGGAGGAAUUUGAACUCCUUCCUAAACUUGCAAGAUUCCAACCUUCUGUUGAUAAAGCUAAACUUCAAAGUGCGUCUUCAGUCGAGGAAGCACUGGAUAUUGCCCGAGCAUCCCUGCAACAGGCUGGAGCUUCGGUUUGAUUUAGACUGAAAUGUUUGACAUUUCAUUUUUCUUAGGUACUUCGGAGUCGAUGCACAUGCAAAAUAAGCAAAGUUGUUGAGCAGAAUUAAAGAUGCACGAGUAUGAGCAUGUUUUGUUAUUCCUAGUUCCUUUCUAAUUUUAAUUUUGCCUCAAACUUCAUAUGAACACAAAUUCUAUUAACCUUUUAAGUUUGGUUGUUAUCUUCUCCAUAUGUAUUUUGGUUGUUUGGCUGAUAUAAAUUAUAAUUGAAUAAAAUUCAGAAUAUUGGUUUUGCACACAA